AUGCUCUCCGUGGAGGAGAUCCUCGAGGAUAUGGAGACAUUUAGGGCGGAGAAACUUGAAAAUCCCGACGUGAGACGACUACAGGAGCCCGAAAGUACAUCCCUGGAGGAAUGGUGGAAGCUCUUUGAGACAUUUCAGCGAGAUGUGGAGCACAUGAAGGACAUCAGAGUACGCCUGGAGGAACUCAAGACGCACCUCCGGGAGAAAAGUAAAAAAAUCCGGGAGCAGUCGAAUGAGAUUCACGAAGAGAUUGAGAAGAAUCUGGAGGAAAUUUCGCUGUUUGAGGAGGAAAUCAAAAUGCGCUCACAGAGCUAA